AUGACGACGUCCACACGCCCAAAAAUUAAGGUGGGACACGGGGGAACUCUAGACAUGCACGCCGAAGGAGUGCUUGCAAUAGGAGUGGGCAGUGCAACAAAACUGCUAUCCUUCUACCUCAAAGGUAACAAAACUUACGAAGCGACUGCGGUACUGGGAUAUGAAACUAAUACGCUUGAUGCCCACGGAGAGACGGUCAAGGAAGCGCCUUGGCAGCAUGUUACUGAAGCCGACCUAGACAGCGCCAUCCAAUCGAUGCAGGGGCCAUAUGACCAAGUGCCACCACUAUACAGCUGUAUGUUUUCUAAAGGGUCUAAUCAUGACAAAACAGCAAAGAAGCACGGCGGCAAGAGUCUGCGGAAUUAUGCAAUCAGAAACCUGCCAGUGGAGAUCAAGUCGUCAUUGGUCACUGUGCACAGCAUUGAAAGGAUGCAAGUCCCUGGUAUCGAGCUCCCGAGGUUCUCGUUCAGGGUCACCGGCUCAGGCGGCACCUACGUGCGCAGCCUCAUCCGAGAUAUCGCAUACAAACUGAACACGCUCGGCACCCUGCAAUCACUGGUAGGUGAAAACGUAGAGUUGAUUAAUGAGGUGCAGGUGAGAACCGCCAAGUGUGACCUGAAGGUUGACGAUGCGUUGCCCAUAGACAGCCUGGACUACGACACCAUAGUGCAGAACCUCAGAAUGCAGCAAAUAUCAUAA